AUGGCCAAAAUACCAAUCAAAUUCAAUAGGGUAGCGGCGGCCUUCGAUGAGGCCGCCAAGUGGUAUAGGCCGUGUGAUAGUAGUAGCGGGAGUGAGUAUUGGCCGGAAAGCGGAGCUGAUCUUUCGGAUCUCGUAAACUCGUUUAUCGAGAAAGGAGAUCACGGAAUGGAUCAUAACUUUAAUAUCGAUAUCGAUGAAGGUGAUAUAAAUAGUAAUGAGUCUCGUGAUGCAAACUGGGUAUCUGAUAAUGAUGAAGUCGAUAAUGAUACACAAAGGAAGGAUGGUAAUGAUGUUUCAAGAAGUAGCCUUAAACGUAGUUUAAUGGCUCAUCUUCGUAACAAAGGACUUGAUGCUGGCCUUUGCAAGUCCCGGUGGGAGAAAACCGGCCGAUUUCCGGCUGGAACGUACGAGUACAUAGACGUGAAUGUAGGAAAAACUCGAUACAUAGUCGAAGUAUUCUUGGCAGGCGAAUUUGAGAUAGCGCGACCUACAAGUCGUUACACCUCGCUAGUAGAAAUGAUCCCUUCAAUAUUGAUCAUAAAAAAUACUCAAGUACUUAAACAAAUAAUAAGGAUUAUGAGUAAUGCAAUGAAGGAGUCAUUAAAGCAUGCAAACAUGUUAGUUGCACCUUGGAGGCGCAAUGGUUACUUGCAAGCUAAGUACUCUAGCCCUUACAAGAGAACGACUAAUCGAGACUCGAUUCCCAAGAAUAAUGUCGUCGAGAGGGAUGAUGAAGAGGUACUUUCCAUGAAGAGAUCUUCGAUUGGUUUCGAAGCUGAUCAAUUCACUAGGGUUUCUUAUUAUUGCAGGGAUGUUGAUUUUGGUAACAAGGUUCAUGGAAUUAAAGUUGGAUUAUUGGCUUCUGUCCUUCAAGGGAAAUGA